UGUGCUUGUCUCACGCAGACGUUCGAGGAGGAGGGAAUGUUUGCGCUGAUCGGCAUGCUGUGCGGACUAGCCAUCUACAACUUCCAGAUUGUCGACCUUCACUUUCCGCUGGUGCUAUACAAGAAACUCAUGGAUAGGGAAGAAUUGAAUCGAAAUAUUGUCUCACCUUCCGGCAACCAGGAGAUACUGAAACUAUUUCAGCCGGAGGAGCUGAUGGCAAUGAUGGUGGGUAAUGAGAACUAUGACUGGGAAGAACUGGAGAAGGGAGCGUCCUACAAGGACGAGUACAGCAGCAGUCACCCGACGAUCAAGAUGUUCUGGGAAGUGUUCCACGAACUCACCGUCGAAGAGAAGAAGAAGUUUCUGCUUUUCCUGACGGGCUGCGACAGAAUUCCGAUCCUAGGCAUGAAGAGCAUAAAGAUGUACAUCCAGCCGGUGCGCGGCGGGGAGCACUACUUGCCCGUGGCUCACACCUGCUUCAACCUUCUCGACCUUCCCGUUUACACGGACAAACAGCGGCUGCAAGACAAACUCACGCUCGCCGUCACCUGCACCAAGGGCUUCGGCCUCGCGUGACGACCGCCUCCGUCCCCCGCCAGGCGGCGCUGCAGUCGUCGCUCGCGCCGCGCGGAUGCCCUCCGUUGGUCGCGUCGGAGGGCGCGAUUGAUACGCGCGCUGGGUGGCACCGCUUGUUUCGGUUUGUCCGGUUGUGUACUCGCGUGCGAAUGCAUGAGAAUCGUGUUUGAAAUAUACUCGGAGGUUAGUUGCUGAUUUGUUGUCGACAUUUCCCUUUUGCUCGUUCGGAUAGACACAGGUUGUGUCGAUUUCUCCCAACAGGUUGAUGACCUGGGACAGGAUCGAAUGUGAUAUUUGAUGUCAGAUAUGAGAGAUUUUAUGUGUAUCACGUAUUUAAGAUCUUUGUUUUAGAAUUAGACGCAUGCAAAAGGGGUUUCGGCAUGGAGGAAAUCACUUUUGCGAUUGGAUUUUGAUUGCAGUGUUGAAUUAUUUUAUCGAUCUGUUAGAUUGUAAAGCGUUGAGAAAUGUACUUUUUCACGGUGUGUACGGGUAUUUAUACUAGUAUGCAUGCGAAUUUAUAGUACAGUGCGUGGAAGUCGUAUGAAUUACGAUGUUAAAACGCGAGCAGGGCUACGCAACGGUUUAUUCUUAUUGAGAAAUAAAGUGAAAAAAAUACGUUGGCAAAUCUAGUGUUGUGUUGCUCUACUGAUGUAAUUUCAUAACAUUUAACAUUAUAAAAUCGUGUAACAUUAAUUUAAUUUUAUGCAUUUCAUCGUAUGCUUAUCCUGGCUUAUUAAUUCAGCCCUUAACGAGUGAGAGUGUGAGCAUUAUAUCAUAGCAAUCUGAGGUCUUCUACCUGCACUAGCUGUUGCCAAUGUGGGUUGUUAACAAAUAUCUAUUGAGAGCUUGAGUGUACGUGCACGGUAGAAUAGGAACAGCAUAGUAGAAUAGCAUAUAUACGUAUAUAUAUAUAUAUAUAUAUCUCUGAGAAUACAUAUCUUCGUGAUGCCAGUGAUGACCAUAGUUGUAGCUAUCGCGAUUUUUUUUAGCUGUUGCAAUUGAACAGUGACCUGAACUGCAUUGACAUUGACGUUGACAUUGACAUUGACACUGACAUUGACAUUGCAUGAACAUUGACAUUGAACUGCAUUUAACCGUUGGUUAUUUCGUGAAGAAACGGCCGUGCUCUGCAAAGUUUAGUGAGAUAUGUUAGUGAGUGUUAGUGAGAUAUGUUAGUGAGAUAUGUUGUGUGCGCGUGCAAGUGUGACCAGACUAUGCAGAUUAGACACGUCACAGUCGCGCACCACAGGUUGUAUAUGUCCGUUAAGAUUAAAGAUUUUAUCUAUUAACACAAA